CCGAAAGCUAGAGUCAGUGUAAUGUUGACAGGAGCGCCUGACGUCUGUCUGUUUUCUGCACCGAUAUGUAGGGCAAGAGAGCAGGACUUCAUCUGAACUUUAGAGUUCGCUGACAGGAGGUCACUCGGUUAUUAUCCAUUACAGGGGGCACAGUCAUGGCACCCAUCAGCACAGAUCUAGUGGGCUUGGCGUACACAGAGCAACCAGCGGCUGCGUUUCUCUCCAUAGUCAUCCUCUUCAUCGCCAGCAUCGCACUCCUCGUUCUCUGUGCGAGCUGUAAAAAACAUUCGUUUGAAUUGGAGAACAGCAGAGCCCCUGCUGAGCAGAAAACAUCCACACUUGUGAGCGUGGCGAGAACGAAUGAUUCAGCAGCCAGACACAACCCCACCGCUAAUGAAAUCACGGGUGACGAAAUGGGUUAUGAGGUUGAAGACGAUGGCAACGUAGCGGUCUCUCAAGGAGGAAUCGUGUACAAACCCUGGAGAAGUCACACACUCACUCACGGUUCAAGUCUACAAGUCAAUGGUGGUGUUGGGGCAAUGACUGCGAGUUCAUAACACUUCAAGUCCUCUGCAAAAGCGCUGAAGUCCUGUUUGACUGUCAUAAAACCUCCCAUCAAACUUUAUUGGAUCUGUUGGAGUCCCCUGAUCUGUCCCUCUGCACUGACCAGACUCAUUCAUUGCUGAAUCUUUAUGCAGAGGUUCAGACUGUUUCAGACUAGUGUCCUUCAAGGGACAGAUCCUGAUCUUCUGGACACACCUGUUCUGACAAAUAAGGAGCUCUGUUUGGGUGGUCAUCAGUUAAAUGUGACGCAAGCAGGAAAAUCUAGUGUUGCAUCUUCACUUGAAUAUGAAGACCAAGUGUUGUCACUGUCAACACUUAACUUAGAGUCUAUUUUUUUCCUAAUGAAGUUCAGUAUUGUGAAAUGAUUCUGUAUUCACGUUCUUUCUUAGUAGGGGUGAUGUAUAGACUUUAUCUGUUGAUCAACUGUUGUGUGUGUUCAUUAAGAUGGCAUCGUAAUGGUGAAUAAUUUUAGUUUUAGAAUAUGUAUAAAUUCCAAUGGGUUUGAAAAUAUCUUAUUAGAACUAUUAACAUGUAAUAAAAUUAGCAGACUCUUUAGAAUGAACCCUUCUGUUCUGGGGACUGAGUAUUUAGGGGCAAUGUUCUUUUGUUUUCAAGUGUUAUGAGGGUACGUAUGGGUUAAUGAGUUUCAAAGGCUGAAACUCUUGAAUAGUCUUCAAAUUUAUAUCUGAAACAGUGCUUUAUCAAAAAAUUUAUAAAACAUCAAAUCAAAUUGUAAACAGAAUCAAAGAAACUUGCAAGG